GUGCUGGCCUACCUAAAACUAAACGAUUUAGAAGUAGGAGGUAUGCCUGCAAAUUUAAAUUUUGUAACAAAACGUAAGAAAACUUACUUUUAACUAUGAAUGAUUUAACAAAAUUUACUUUUUUUGCUUGCAGUUGCAGCAAUAUUUGUGGUCUACUUAGAGUAGGGUGACCAAAUGUCCCGUAAAAACGGGAUUGUCCUGUUUUUUCACAAUUGUACCCGCUGUCCUGAAAAAGUCUUUCGGGACGCCUAAAUAUCCCGUUUUUUAAACCAAACGCAUUUUCAAAUCACUAAAACUUCCUUAUAAUUUGUAAUAAAGCUUCAAGUAAUAUUUUGGCUUGCUGUGUAGUCAGUGCCAGUAGUGAUGUGGGCUCGCGUGAUGGUUGCACUGUUCCCUCUCCACCACAGUGUCCCUGCCAUAGAUCUUAUAUGUAAAUGUAUAGCGAAAGACACGAGACUUGAAGCCGGGGGUAGGGAUGUAACUUCGCAGAAACCAAUUUUGAUUCAGCUACCGCUACGUGUAAUGUGUUAGUCUUGUGUGUAUGAUCCCUGCCGGCCUGUUCGUGUCAGAGUGAAAGGUGUUUGUUUUGGGUUUUGAACUUCAUUCUUUAAUUUUAUAUUAUCUUCUCAUGUAGACAAUAAUUAUGCUCAAGCGUCAAUGUAAGUUUAUGGAGGAGUAUUUUAAAGAGUGGAACUAUAUUAAAAGGGGACGCUAUGAAAGUGGAGCCGAUUGCACAGUUUGCAAUAGCGUCUUUAGUAUUGGUCAUGGUGGACGUUCAGACAAAAAAAAACCACAUCAGUGAAACAUAUGAAAAGACCGAGUGCCCCAAGUAGAUUUCUAGGUUAGAUUUCAUAGUUAAAAUUAGUAUAAUUAAAUAAACAGUUUCCGGCCGGAGGCCUCUGAUCCCCUCUUUAGCUGGAGGGUAUUCCCCCACCCCCCAACCCAUGAAAGUGUCCUGUUUUUCCAGUUCAUGAUUUGGUCACCCUAAUUUAGAGACAUCUUCUGCCAUUGAGGCUGAGGUGUUCUUGAAUAAAAUUACAGGAUCCUCUAUUUAUCAAUAUUGAAAAACUAAUUUAAUUAUUUCAAAUCAAAUUACCUAUUAAAAUUCAUUCUAAAGACCAAAUUCUAAUAAUAUAAUGGGGCCAUCCAUAAAUUAAAAUUACUUCACCUUUUUAGUGUAUUGUGCGCCCCCCCCCCCCCCCCCCCAGCAACUUCACAAUUUAGCCAUCCUCAUGAGCAUCAUGUAUAAUAAAAGGCUGCAACUAUUCACACCCAGGUACCAGAAAUGAGAGGUUGGGAUUAAAAAACUAUUUAAAUAUUAUUGUUGGGUUUGUAAGACAAAAUUAGGUAUCAAAUGAAAGAUAAUUGAAUGGACUAUAUGUUUGUAAACUUAUUUCUUUAAUUUAACUAAAAUAAACUACCACAAGCCACAAAUGACAUUCGAAUAGCAUUGGUCAAAUGGGACCCGUGUGCGAAUGGCGGCGCUGCGUGUCCGGGACCAUUUUGACUAAAUGCUAUUGGGAUGUCAUUUGUGGUAGUUUAUUUUAGUUCAGCUGAAGAAGUAAGUUUACAAACAUAUAGUCCAUUCAAUUAUCUUUCAUUUGAUACCUCAUUUCGUCUUACAAACCCAAAAAUAUUUUAAAUAGUUUUUUAAUCCCAACCUCUCACUUCUGGUACCCAGGUGCGAAUAGCCACUUUGAUAAUAAAAAAUAUUGUAAACUCUUUGCCCCCUCCAAGCAUGACUUCAUUUUUGGAUGGCCCCUAUUACUAAAUAAUGAUUAAUCAUUGGAAUGUGAUUGAAUUUUGAUAAACCUACCGAGCAUGUGUUUUUAAGUUAUCCUUGAAGGGGAGAAAACGGUAAAUAAUUACAUAUGCUAACAUACAAUAUAUGGUUUUAAGUUAUAUAAUUUCAUUAACUGUAUUUAACUACGCUAAAAUAUGAGAUUAUUGAAAUAAGCAUCCCUUUCUUUACCUGCCACAAUGGACCAUUUUGAGGUUAAAAUUAGGACUUUUUCCUUGCUGAUUAGUAGUUAAAUGUCAAAUUUUCUAUCUAUUAAUUAGACUACUAAAAGUAGGUCUACUGAUAAUCAGUAGACCAUAGGCAUAGACUAAAACUAAAUUCUGUCUUUAGAAGAAUUUCCAAUUACAGGUCCUUACAAAUACAAUAUUUAUAUUUUAAAAAAAGAAAAAUAUUCAUUCAUUGAAAAUGAUUUGUUUCUUAUGACAUUAGCGAUGGUGAUACUCACCUUGUUCAGACUUGGUUUGCCCAUUGCUUGACUGAUUACUGGUAGAAGCAAUUUCUUAUUACCAGUAUAUCAAUCUGUUAUUGUUGUUUUGGUAUUUCAUUCUUAUUAUGAAACAGUUAUCACAACAUAAAUUCAAAAUAUGGGCCGGUUACACUGUUAGUACAAAAAAAAUUCGUACAUUUAAAUGUAAGGAAAAUAGGAAUUUUAAAACUAAAUUUUGAUGGGCUAUUUCUAGCAUUAUUACAAAUUAUUAUAAUCAUAAAUAUAAAACUUGUAUUAUAUGGCAAGAUUCACUUGGGAUCUUUUUGUAUUUAUGCUCUCUUUGCCCAUCACACAUUUGGCAUUCUUUACAAAAAAGCAGUAUUAAUAUACCUUAGUCUAUACAUAGUACAAAAAUUCAAAUAUUCUCUUGAUAUUGGCCUAUAUGCAUGCUUCAGGGUAAUAAGGGGAGAGACUUCAAUAAGGUUAGCAAAAUAAACAAAAAGUUUUACCGAACCUGCCGACAUGUUUGUUGUUUUGGUGCACUCCUUUUUUCAGGUUUAACCUUACUUUGUUUCACCCAUUCCUAUGCAUACUUCAUAGCUACACAAUAAAUUAUUAUCAACUUUGAAAUUAUAUAAUAUUAUUUCUUUUGAAAAUAAUAAAAUAAUACUGUUUCUUUUACUCUUGCAGAUGUCAAAUACCUAACCAUGUUAAGGUAUCUCUCAAACAGAUGUCAAACUUUGCUAGGUUCAGUUUCAAGAUCAUAUCACACAACAUGGAAUGAGUUGCCACGGAUUACUUGCCCUAAAAAAAUAGAAAAAAAAAUAGAAAAACACAAAGAAAAGAAGCUUGCAAAAGUCCUUUUAUCACGGCGACAGGCUAGGCACAGUGGUCCACUUAUUGUUUCAUGUAAAAGAAAAGGAUACAACCAUUAUCAAGGUGACAGUUUCAAUGAGUUUGACAUACAAAAACUUGUUAGUUGUGGUUGGAAAAAUAAGAAGAGAAUAGGCGAUCAUUUCACGUUAAUGCCAUUUUCAGAUAAUCCAAGUAUUGAAACAGAAGAAAUAUGCUCAUUUCCUGACCUAGGUAUAAAUGAAAAAGUGAAUGCUGGUUUAAAGGAGAUUGGCAUUCAAUCUCCUACCAAAAUUCAAAAAUCUGCCAUACCUGUGUUAUUGCAGGGCCAAAGUGCUAUUUGUGCAGCAGAAACAGGCUCAGGGAAGACACUGGCUUACAUUCUACCAGCUAUUGAAUGGAUACUUCAGUACAAAAGAACUUUAAAGACUUUGGAGUCAGGUGUGGAUAGCAAAAUUACCAAUAUAAACUGCCCAAACACAAUAGUUUUAACACCCAAUCGAGAGUUAACUUUACAAGUUAUGGCCAUUGCAGAAUCCUUAACCAAAUAUGCUGAUUUCACCCCUUUCACUGUAACGGGACAUGAAGCAGUUUUAGAGAGAAAAAUUCUAAAUCCAAUGGAUAUGCUAAUAACCACACCUGGUGCCCUUAAAAAACUACUUAAACGAAAGAGUAUUCACUGCAACUUUUUACAACAUAUGGUUAUAGAUGAAUCCGAUACUUUGUUUGAUGAUUCCUUUGCCCCGGACAUGCAUGAGAUAUUCAGGAUGUCUCGUAUUCAGCCAGCUGAUGAAACAGAUAAGAGACUCCCGUUAUUGAUAGGUACUCAGAUAGUUUUGGUCAGUGCUACAAUGCCUGUAGCUUUGGAAAAAACGCUUGGAGAAUUUUUACCCUUAGAGUCCAUGGUAAAAGUAUCAACUCAGGGUCUUCAUCAUCUCCAGCCUCAUGUAAAGCAGACAUUUUUACGAAUUAAUAAUCAAAGGAAACCAGAGAAACUUAUUGAGUUGGUAAAAUUAAACAUUGAAAAAAAUCACCCAACAAUAGUGUUUGCUAACAAUAAUAAAACAUGUUAUUUUGUGCAUAAACUCCUUGGGGAAAAUGGGGUAGAAUGUCUACAACUCAGUGGUGAGAUGUUACCAAAAGAAAGGCGUGGAGUUUUUGAAAAGUUUAGGGAUGGAUUUUGUAAUGUUCUGGUGGCUACUGAUAUUGCAUCUCGGGGACUGGAUACUGUGAAUGUACAGCAUGUGAUAAACUAUGAUUUUCCCACUUUCAUAUCAGAUUACAUUCAUCGUGUCGGAAGAGUUGGGCGAGUUGGGGGAACAGAUGCUGGUGAGGUCACAUCUUUAAUCUCAGAAAAAUGGAAUGUGGAAUUGGUAUGGAAAAUUGAAAUUGCAGCUAGAAAAAGAAGGAAGUUGCGUGAUGUAAAUGCAAAUAUUAAACAGAAGCUUGAUGAAAAGAAAAUGAAAAUGGAUAAAUUUGAACUAAACAUUAUUUAAGAUGACUGUUUAUAACUAAUAAGCAAGGAAUAUUUUAUUUACUUGACUACCAUGAAUAUAAAAAAAAAACUAGUAAAACAAAUGAUUUGUAGUAUCUUUUUUUAUUAUUGUUAUUGUAUCAUUUUAUAUAUAUGCUGUGAUUCAUAGACAAUAAAUGGGAUGAGGAGUUGGUGCAAUGUCACAAUAAAAAAAGACAUAAAUUAUUAAAAGCUUAGCACCUGAGAUUAAAAAGAGAAAUAACCAGGAAAAAAAUUUAUUCAAAUCUAAAAAGAAAUUAUUUCUUAAAUGUUUUAAUUAUUUUUUUUUCUGAAUUAUGCUGAGCAUAUCUUUAAAAAAAAUAAUUAUAUAGAACUCUAGUACUUUCGAUUUCAGUGGAUCUUCCUGCUCUCUUCUAACAAAAUUUUGCAAAAAAUGUACUUUCCAAUAGAGAAUACUUUAUCAGAUGUUAUCAAAAGUCUUUCUUUUAUGUACGGGUUACUAGGGUAAUUAUGUACUGGGGUAAAGUGAAUUUUUGUUAAAAAUCUUUGAGGGAUAUUUAUGAGUUUCUCUUUUGUUUUUGACUAGAUUGGGAUUGGACGGUACAGUAAUUAAAAAAGGAUUAAUGGGGUGGGCUUCUUGCCUAAACCAACUCUUUUAUACUCCACUAUUCCAUGCUGGGGGAUAUGAGCUAUAGUUCAGUAAUCUCUCAUUCGUUUAUCAGUGUAAACACAUAAAUAAAAAUAUAAGAAAUAAUUGCAUAAUAAAUAUUCUUUGGCUAUUAUCUUUUUUUUCCUUCAUAUUCAUAUUUUACUUUUCAAUUUCAAGGGACAUUUGCUGGAUAGAAUAGUUAGAGCAUUACUUCAACAGUAUAAUGGACUCCUCAAAAAGCAAAAUAAAUUACCGUAAUAAAUAACUCUUGAUUGUCUUUGAGACACCUAUUUUUUUUUUUUUACAUCAGUGUGUUGUCAAAUUCUAGCCUGCUGGAAAAUUUUCCAGGU